AUGCCGUCGCACAAGACCUUCCGGAUCAAGAAGAAGCUGGCGAAGAAGAUGCGCCAGAACCGCCCCAUCCCCUACUGGAUCCGCAUGCGCACCGACAACACCAUCAGGCGAUAUUCAAAUCGCCCAACAUUUGCAUCAGUGGCUGCAGUUAGGAGGAUGGUUUCCGGGGACCGGGCUUCAUUGCUGCCCGACUUAGAAAUGGUCUGGCGUUGGUAUACAUGCCCAUUUGUGGUGGUGUUGGGGGGCAUAGAGAGCCACCCACCAUUGGUGGUGGUGGAUAUCGGGGUGGGAAGGGUCGGGUUGUGGGUGAUGGUAACCAUUGUAAUAGCGUGCCGGGAGACAGUGGCGAGCAGACCGAGGCUGGGUGGUAGGCGGGGAAACUAA